CCCUUCCUUCCCCUCUCCCCCGUCGCCAUCUAACGCCCGGAGGCGCGCCUGCGCCAAUGCUCGCAGCAGCCGCCAUGGCCGCUCCCCUCCUCGGCGCAUGUGCUUGAGCUCCUCCUGCUCCUCCUCCUCCUCCUCCUGCUGCUGCUUCUACCACUGCUGCCGCUUCUACCACUGCUACCGCUGCUUGCCCUGGCCGGGCUCGGCGCAGCGCAGCGCGAUGGAGGUGGAGGAGGCGUUCCCGCUGGUGGGGCAGAUGGGUCCCUACCAGGUGUACCUGUGCGUCCUGCUGGCCGUGCUGCUGCAGCUCUAUGUGGCCACCGAAGCCAUCCUCAUUGCACUGGUGGGGGCAACUCCUCCUUACCACUGGGACCUCGAAGAGCUCUCGGCUAACCAGAGCCAUGGCAACCAGUCGGCGAGCGAGCAGAGGGCCUUUGGGGAAUGGCUCCUGACCGCCAACGGCAGCGAGGUUCACAAGCACGUACACUUCAGUGGCAGCUUCACGUCAAUAGUUUCUGAGUGGUUUUUAAUUGGCAACACAUCGUACAAAGUCAGCGCUGCCAGUUCUUUCUACUUCAGUGGUGUGUUUGUUGGAGCAAUUUCCUUUGGCCAGCUCUCAGACCGGUUUGGAAGGAAGAAGGUCUAUCUCACAGGUUUUGCCCUUGACAUCUUGUUUGCCAUUGCAAAUGGAUUCUCACCCUCAUAUGAAUUCUUUGCCAUUUCCCGAUUCUUGGUAGGGGUGAUGAAUGGCGGGAUGUCGCUGGUGGCCUUUGUUCUUCUGAAUGAGUGUGUGGGUACUGCAUACUGGGCGUUAGCAGGAUCUAUUGGUGGCCUGUUCUUUGCUGUGGGAAUUGCCCAGUAUGCUUUAUUAGGGUACUUCAUUCGAUCCUGGAGGACUCUGGCUGUUGUGGUUAACCUGGAAGGAACAGUAGUCUUUCUUCUCUCUCUAUUCAUUCCAGAGUCCCCCCGCUGGCUAUACUCGCAAGGCCGGCUGAAUGAAGCAGAAGAUGCCCUCUACCUCAUUGCAAAGAAGAACCGCAAGCAGAAGUACACUUUUUCAUUAAAACUCCCAGCAGAGAGAAGCCCCAGAGAGGCUGGCAGUUUCUUGGAUCUGUUCCGAUACAGGAUUCUCUUGGGACGCACCUUGAUCAUGAUGUUCACCUGGUUUGUGUGCAGCUUGGUUUACUAUGGUCUUACCCUUAAUGUAGGUGACUUAGGUGGAAGCAUUUAUGCCAAUUUAGCCCUUUCAGGGUUGAUAGAAAUCCCAGCAUACCCAAUCUGUAUUUACUUGAUUAACCAAAAAUGGUUUGGUCGAAAGCGAACGUUGAGUGCAUUUCUGUUCCUGGGAGGAUUGGCUUGUCUUAUUGUCAUGUUUCUUCCUAAAAAGAAAGAUACUGGAGUGUUUGCAGUGGUGAACAGUCGUUCUCUUUCUUUGCUGGGAAAAUUGACAAUCAGUGCUGCAUUUAAUAUUGUCUAUAUCUACACAUCAGAACUUUAUCCCACAGUGAUCAGGAAUGUUGGAAUGGGUGCCUGCUCCAUGUUUUCCCGUGUUGGUGGAAUCAUUGCUCCUUUUGUCCCUUCAUUGAAAUCUGUACAGUGGUCUCUGCCUUACAUUGUGUUUGGAGCAACUGGUCUUUUGUCUGGGCUCCUAAGUUUAUUGUUGCCGGAGACAUUAAACAGCCCUUUGCUAGAAACGAUUUCAGACCUGCAGGUGUGCUCGUACUGGAGGCUGGGGGAUGAAGCCAUGUCAUUGCAAGCCCUAGAUGGCUCACAGUCUGGAGACAAGGACAAUUCUGCAGGAAGUGGAAGUGAAGAUGAGGAGUUUUAUGAUGCUGAUGAAGAGACCCAUAUGAUCAAGUAAUGAAAAGAAGGAACACUGACCUGUUUUCAUACCUUUUCUUACUUGUCCAGUCAGUCCAGCUCUAAGACGAGAGUACUGGGGACCAUCUGUCAGGGAAUGUAACUGGGCAAAUGCCUUUGUCUUUCCUGACUAGGAGAAGAGCUUGGAGCUUGAGUACUGUUCAGAUUAAUUACACCACUGAUACUCUUCAUACGAGACAGCCAUUCAAAUUCUUGUAGGCCAGAAUAAGAAUGCACAGUUUACAUUUGAAGCCAGGUGAGAGAGCAAGGGAAGGAUGAUGCACUUCUGAAGCCUAGGAAAUUAUCCACCAUUUGGGCAGAUCAUCAGCAUACACAUUUUCUUUUCAAGGUGCUUGGUUUUGAGUCAGCAUAUAUUGAUAAAUUUGAAAAUGUCCACUGCUUUGCUUUGGUAGAGUGAAAGGGGUCACACUGUGCUGUGUGCUACCCCAGUGGGAGCAAACUCUAGAAAUUUUAUGUUAAAAUGGGUUCCACAUAUUGAGUUGCAGAGAGGCAACUGUGAACAUACGGUGUCUCUUUCUGUACACGAACACCUGUACAGAGUUACAGGGUGCAGCUGGUUAGUCAUGAUCUGUGUGCGAACUUUGUGAUGAUGGAAGGCUGGAAGAAGGGACUUCUGGAAAGAGCAGCCACAAAGUCUGCAGACAUAGAGGAUGUUGCUGGUUUCUCUCACCUUUUAAUCCACCAAACAUUUUCUUGGGCUGUCUUAUGCAUAAAUUUGCCACAUGUUCCUCACAUCUUAAAACUGCUGUUCCAUAGCUUUGCCUACUUUAACUUUGUCCUCACUUUGCCAUAAAUACUGAAGCUCAGCAACUUCUCUGCCUGUUCAGUGAAGUAAAUCUGCUAAAGGAUAUAAUUUCAUGAAUGGGACACAGCUGAGGUGUUUAUCACAUACUGUGUAAGGUGUGUGUUAGAAUAUGUAGCUCAUUUAUGUGGACCGAUUUGUGUUUUUAUUUCUGGAGGAAACUCAACUCUGAAGUGAUAAGAGAAACUGUGGGCUGCUAUUACAUUUUGUAGGAUUAUUGCCAGGAAGCUGCUAGAAUCUAUGUAUUUUUUUUAUGUUUGAUAAAGUUUUGAAACUCUAAGCCAGCGUUUACUUGAUUACUUGACCUUGCUGAGGAAGACAACUUCAUUCUCCUGUUUACACUGAGCUUCUUCGUUAGAAGGAAUCUUGAAAUAUGAACAAAGGAAAUGUUGUGACUACAACAGCGAGGCCUUAGGAAGAUUCAGCCUUCUUGAUUACACUAUCAUCUUCAUUCUCUAACCUGUGGCUUGCUAUUUAUUAAGAUUGGUUUCCUUAAACUAUUUAAUAGCUUUUAUACUUGGAGUUCCUAGUGAAGUGCCUGCUGCACAGUGACUGCAAGUAAGUUGCCAGCCUUGCUAGCCAUUUCUGUGAGAGCUGGAUUUAAAAAAAUAAAUAAAUAGAGAGAGAAAAGCUGUCUGCUGAAUUUAUGCCAGUUAAACUGGAAAAUUCAUUUACUCUGAAAGGAAGUGAAACUAAACAGUAUCUGAAGUUUACAGCUAGCUGCUUGAACUUUGUUCAUGGGGAACUGUAGUACUGAGCAAAGGCCAACUAUGCUACAGAUUCAAGCAUGCACUACUCCCAGUUGAUCAGAACUUGGUCUAGGCAUUGCCUGUGAGCAAAGCAGGGAACUUUACUCCCAGUGCACAAGGUGUCAGUAUUGUGAUUUUUGCCUGUUAGGAGCUUUACUUGAAGAAUUCCAGUUUACAGUCUUCACUUUUUCUUCCAGAUUGUUGCAUAUUUGUUGUAGAUGUAGGAGGGCACCUUUAAACCUAGUUGGAUAUUCUUUCUGCCUUAUUUGGCUGUUCUGUAUGCAAGAAAAUUGCUCAAAAUAAGGUACUUGGAAAUUCUUGGAGUGUUUAAAUGUGUUCACAGAUAAUUUUGCAUUCAUGUUUUGAAGUAUGGACAGCUGGAAAAAGUAACUGGUUUUGGUGUUUGAUUUCUAAAGAUAUAAACCCUGUUUAGUUAAAGGCAAAUGGUGAUAAGCCUGUCAGUAUCACCUUGCUGUCAAGAUUCAACUUUUUUGUUUGUUUGGAGGCCAGGGGUGAUACUGAUACUUAUUGUCCCUCCUUGGAUAGUUGGUAGAGUUAAGUUCCUUGAAAAGCAGACAGGAACUGUUAGCCUUCCUCCCUCCAUAGUUUUAGUGUCACCAGCUACUGGAGAUCCUGGUCAUGCCAUAGGACACCUCAAUGUAGCUUUCAUUAGAACAGUAGGGUGUAACUGUUCAGGUUGAGAGAUCAUUGCAGGACCUGAGCUGGAUUUUAUGACAGUCUUCAAUUUAUAAUCAAACUUACCUUUCUAUUCAUGCACUUUUAUAUCCUAAAUACAGAGGUAAAAUUGCCAAAACAAGAGUGAAGAAAAUAUCUUCAUUUUUUCAUAAAAAUUGCACUUUUUCAAACUUCAAAUCUGUCCCAUGUUUGCACCUAUGGAAUUUUAAAAGGUAGCUUUUUUUUUUUUUGUCAAUUGUAGGGGUUUUCUGUUGUUAUAUCUUCUGGACCAAUCAAUUCAGCAGUUUUAUAGGAAGGAAUCGCUCCUGGAGAUCAGCUACGUAGCAUCAGAUUUGCUAUGAUCACUUGCUGCCCUCCUUUGUGUCCUCAAGUCCAAAUCAGUUAGACGCAUAUAAUUUUUCAGAGCUUUAUUUUAUAAAACUGGCCUUCUGAUAUAGGAAUCUGUAGGAUCACUUUUUGUCUUCCCAGGGAGUGUUACUGAGAUACUCGUGCUAUAUGUAGCUUUUGCUGGGGAGAGAUGCUGUGCAGUGUUUUGUAGCCCAUGUGGUCAGCAUUUUUCUGUACACAGGUGGAACGUUAUUGCUAAGCAGAAGUUCUUUAAUCAGACAGUGCUUGCUGUUACAGGUUUCACAACUAUGUUACUUACAAGCCCAAGUCAGAAGGUCAGGGCGCUUGUGGCUUUAUAUUUAAAUGGUUAUGUAUAUAUUGGUGAUUAUAUUUAUAUAUAUAUAUUUAAAGUUUGUAUUUAAGCAGUCUGCAUAGGCCCAUUUAAAAAUCUGUGUUUGGGCAGUAAGUUUGCCCUGUGGAGCUACUGGGGAACUGAUGCAGCACUAGUUAUAUAUGUUUAUGAUGUAUAGUAAUGCUAAGAGUCUGAAACAAUAUUUUUGCUGUAGUUGAGUGAAGCGUGACAAUCUUGUUUCACACUUGUUAGAGUAGCCUUGUAUAUUAAGUAUUCUGCCUCGUUAAUAGUUUUUUGUGAUGUGCAAGCACUAGGAUACUGACCUCCAAGAUGGUAAUUCCUUCCUUGGAUUCCUUAGGUUUUGCAGUUGUUUUUGUUUUUGUUUGUUUUGUUUGUUUUUUUUCUUUUUCAGCCAACUGACUUAGAUUGUGCUAGAGAUGAGAGAGGUGCUGAUUAGUUACAUCUAAGCGUGUCUCACCUGAGACAGAAUUGGAAUUCUGUUGUCUGAGGAGCUCACAGGUGAAACCUGAGUACAGCUAGGAGUGAAGGGGAGUGACAAGUCAUGUGAGACAGCAUAGAGGAGAAUUUGUCAGAGGGAGUUGAAAGAAUAGAGGAUUCAACAGAAAUGCUUUAGGGCAAGGGUAAGAAGUAUGGGAUACUAGCUGUUAAAAUACUCUUCUUGCUGUUUGUGUUGACUAGAAGCUCCUUUCAGAGCUAGCGUUGGUUCCAGGAUGUCCUGUUAGGGACACUGGUUUCAUCACUUCCAUCUAAUGUCAACUUUGUUUAGCGUGGCUGCUUUAAUGAUAAAAACACUACUUUUGAUCAAAGUGAUGUGUGGCAGACUCAGCUUUUGUAUUUGAUGGCUUAUGAUUAAAAUUACUGAAAUUUGUAAAGCCCUCUGAUGGAGAAUAUUACAUAACUGGGCAUCACUUAAGACACUAGCUUCACCUUAGAAAGACAGGAAAAUUAGGAGCAUUUUAUCCAGGCUUGUCACCAAACUUCUUGUGUAGUGAUACUUCUAAAAGGAUUUUACUACCUGACUAUUUUUGUUACCUGGAAAAAAUAGAACAAGGAAGUGAUUUGAUGUUUUUUUUUGUUGUUGUUGUUUGUUUGUUUUUUUUUAAAAAAAGAUCCCCUGAAAACAAGCCUAGUACUCACCUUUUAGGGACUGGAAGUUGCUCAUAAACUGAGAUUUGGAGAUAACCCCAAAUUCAGAAGGUCUGUGUUAAAGGAGGGCCACAGGUGACUCCAAAGAGAUAUAAUUAACAUGGGGCAGGUUGUAGCUAGUUGCCACCUUUUGUUACAGCCCAGUUUGUAGGGAUUGUAGCCACAUGCUGAUCUGCUCCCAGUGCAGAUCAUGACAUACUCUGUGACAGGGUUUCCAGGCUGCAUGGCUGUACUGAGGUUAGUGGAAUAUUCCUCACAGGACUGUGGGAAAAACAGUUUAUCUGUAUGUUUUCCAGCACAUUUCAUCUAAGCAUGUCAAAACAUUAUGCGAGAGAUAUUUUUUUGUACUGAAGAAGAAGGGAAAACGAGGAACAAAGUCUUUUCCUGGAGCAUGCUGAUGGAAACAUUGAGCUAAAACUCAUGAACAAGAGUUUUCUGCAUAAUCUCCAAAUGUAGUUUUGGUCAGUAUCUUGUUUCAGCUGAAGGGUGGUGUGCUAAUUAUGCUUUUUCCUCCACUCUUAAAGCUUCUUUAAUCAUGCUCUUUGAAACACAUCUGAAUCUAGGCAUUUGUGCAUACAGAUUGUGAGCCUGGCAGUAAAUAUGUCAGAAAAGCCUAUGAGCAGUACUGUCAUCUGAAGGUAGAAGUCAGUCUGUCCUGACACUCAGUGCCUGUGUCAGAAAUGUCUAUAUUUAGCUGUUUACCAAACAGGAGACUUGAGCAUAGCUGUAUUUUGAGUCUCAUUGUUUGUAUCUUGCUAUGGGAUGUAUCAUGUGGAGGAAAGACCAACAUAAGGAAACCUCCAAGUGCAGAAUGGAGGGUGAAUGAAUUUCUACAGAUUGUUUUCAUGCCAUGUAUUUAUAAUGCCUUUUGCAGUUUGUGGUAACCUUGAGAUUAUCCUGGUGCUACAGUUAUUUAAGUCUAAUAGAGCUGUAUAAAAUUUUCGUCCUGGCAGUCUGCAUUUACUGAACUUUCUCAUCUUUUUUGGUACUACUGGCUUCUUCUGUCAUCUUGAAGAAAGCUCUUGCCUAAUAGGUAGUGGAUUUUUUCUGUUUUAGUUUAUUGCAAAUGCCUGUUUUAUAAAAAGCUUUUUAAUUUCCUCAAUCAACUUGAUAUGGGGACUAUGUUUAAAGUAACAUCAUAGAAUUGGAUGAUGUAAGUGCCAAAGACAGCUUUUGCUGGAAAGCAGUGGUCCAAAACUAGUUCUAGCUUUGUUUAUGUGGAAUUAUUCCAUACAACUGGCUAAAACUGGUAUUUACAAGCAUCUCCAGAGGUUUAGGGACAGAGUUACCUUUGUUUGCUUGUCUUCCAUUGCUCAGUUACUGAAGCUACUUAAGUAGGUUAUUUCUGGGGGAAAAGAAGUGUAGGAUUUGUAGAACAUGCAGAACCUACACCAUGUGGCCAUUAGAGAACUCCGCAGAGCCUGUUUGCUCCUGAGUUGCAAAUGCCAAAGCUCAUUCUCAAAGACUGAUAAAACCUGGUCAAAACUACACAUUGAAUUUUAGUUCAUUAAUCAGCCUGACAAAUUAGCAUUGCUAAUAAUGACUUGUCUGGAGCUUCACAGAAUGUAGCAGAUUUUUAUAAAAACCACAGUUUGAAGCCUUGCUAAGUAUAACGUCCAGAGCUUUAACUCCCUGUUACAACUACAAAAUUUGAUGCCUAUCAUGGCCGAUUGUUUGCCAGCAAAUAGGCAAGUUGGUAAAAGCUUGUGUAGCAGGAGGUGGCUGCCAUCAAAAGUGGUUUGAAAGAAGUAAUUUGUGGUCCCCGCUGCAUGUGCAGAAUGAAGUGAGACCAUGAGGUGUCAGGGUCCUCCCAUUGUUCAGUAAGCUUAUGUUUAAGUAACUAUUUGUUCAUCCUCAUUUACAAAAGGUUUGUAGAGGGAGGAGGUCUUUCGCAUACAAGUUGGUGCCUACCACCACACCUGAGGUGCUUACAUUAUACCUGCUUCAGCAGGCAAAAAGUAUGGCAUUACGAAAAUCUUUGAUGUCAAUACUGAAGCAGUUUUAUUUCCUUAAGGAUGGCCUGGUAGAAGCAUCUGGUGCCUCUGUGUUCAAAUAAAACGUUUUAAAAUGAUGGAAAUUUGAUUGGGAGGCAGGCAUUUCUGAUAGCAGUUUGCAGGAAAAAUGUGUUGCAAACUGAUUAAAAGUGUUAUUAUGUAGAGCAGAUGACUGAGUGAGUUGUAAUAAAAGUAUUUAUCGUGGUUGCUGUGGCUUCUAGUAUGCCUCUAAAUGACUGGUUUUGAAUACUAGCUGCUCCUCACUCCCCAAAGUAAUACAGAUUUUCUUUUUUUCUUGUUAAAAAUUUGAAUGUCACAUAGAAACCAAAAGUCUAUUUUUCAUAUGAAUGCGUCUAUUGCACUACCUUUCCUUUUUGUAUCUGGUUAUUUUGUUUUUUAAACUACCUCCUUAUGUUAAUUUUUUUUUGUCAAUUUCUUAUUUAAUUGAUUUUUAGGAAACUAUGAAAUUUCCAUUUUUUAUUUAUGUAGUAAUCCAUGGUUUAAACAGAGGGAAGAUUUGUAGGUUUUAAAGUUAUACUUAAAAAUAAAUUUAAAAAGCCUUUAACUUAUAAAUUUGAAGGAGAUGAAAAAUUAUACCCUUAGAUUAUGGGUUCGCUUGUGUGUACUGUUUGCUUUUUGGAAGGCCAGAAAGCCCUUACUCUUACACUAACCUCAGUUGAGGAGAUUUUCUUGCCUGCAACAAGUUUUGAGUUGGGGAUUUUUAAUCAAUUUAAUUUACUGCCAAUUAAGGUGUUUUUAACUGCUGUUCUGGGGGGUGUCUCCAAUCCUUUGGCUAUUACUCUCCGGCCCUUCAGCAAGGCAGCAGGUGGUCCAGGAGAUGAGCACAUUGGGCUUGCUGUUUUUUCAUUGCUCCUUGUUUCUUACCCAGAUGCUCUGGUGUGGGUUUCUUCACUGGCUGCAGUCUCUUUGAGUCUCCUCUCAGCCCCUGCUCAGGCUACCUUUUGCUUUGGCAUUUUUCCUACUUAGCUGUCUACCCUCUCCCCUCCUCCUGCACUGACAUGGUCCUCUCUUUUUCUCCUCCUCCUUCUAUAACAUUCUCUUGGCAUUUACUGCCCUUUUUAAAUAAGCUUUUGCAGAUGUGCCAGACUCUGACUGGCCACAGUGUUGGGGUGCAGUGGGUCAGUGCCCCCUGUCCCUAGGAGGCAAUGGGCACAAACUGAAGGCAGGAGGAUCUGUGAGCACAGAGAAACACUUUUUUACUGUGAGGAUGACUGACACAGGUUACCCAGGGAGGUUGUGGAGUCCUUGGCGAUGUUCAGAAGCCAUCUGGGAUAAGGUCUGGGCAAUCUGCUCUCAGUGACCCUGCUUCAGCAGGGAGGUGGGACAAGAUAAUCCCCAGAGGUCCCUUCCAACCUCAGCCAUUGUGUGAUUGCCGUGCUGCCUGUUGCUUGGACCAGCACAAGACAGUCCCUGACCUCCUCCCACAGAGGACACCCUGCCACCCCUCCACUACCAAAACCCUGACAGAUAUGUCUAAUGCAUUACAGUACAAGGUUUCCUUGUGAAUCGAGGCCUUGCAGGGCUGACAGUUUCUGUGAGCAGAACGUGGUACUGUAUUCCCCUUGUGUUACUGUUGUCUUAGGUCAAGUAAAUUAAAUUCCUAAGGAUAAAAUCAGACACUUAUUGCCAAGUUCUGUGUCUGGUGACAUGUUUGUAUCCUCAGUGAUUUCAGAAGACAGAUCUUAGGUCUCCAUUUAACCAGAGGAGCAGCCAAAGGGGUAAACUUCUUUAUUUCUGCUCAAGCCUUCAUCAUCAUGAAAUCAAAUCUUUCUAUAGUCUCUAUCUUGUAGGCCUCGUAAACUUUCCUUAUUCCACGGUUCAGCUUGAACCAACAGUUAAAAAAAAAAAAAAAAAAAGUCAUGGUCAGCUCAGAGCUGAGUAAUGGGAAAGUGGGAAUACAGGGAAUUGAUUUUUGUUUGCAGUAGUGAAAUAAGUUGUACAUAGCUGGUGCGUGUAUUUUUAUAUAUUUAAUUUGGAUGAGUUGAAUGCUGAGUGUUAUUAGCCUUCUGACAUUGAAAUGAGGACUGAGAAAUUUCAAGGUACUUUAACUGUAUUAGUGUGCUGUUUUUAAUUCAGAGUUGUACUGAUGAAAAAUCUGUGUGUUAAGAGUACAUGGUCUGAGAAGUCACAACUGAAAACAAAGGCUUUUCUACAACAGACCUUUUAUGGUGGUAUUUUCAUGUAUUCUGUGAACAGCUGUUGGGUCCAUCUCUUUUUAAGAUAUUCUUUGCACUAGGGGAGGGACCAUAGUGACAAAUGUAGAAGUAUUUAGGUUAAUUGCACUUACCUAUUUUGUUUUCUUGAUGUAAUUCCUAUGCAUACUGCCUUACCCAUGUGUACUGUACUUCACUGGAGGAACAAAAGGUAACUAUCAGGGUUUUAUUUUAUAAAAUGUGUUGCUUAAAGAAAAGAAAAAAAAAAGUUAUCCUGUAAUAUUACAUAUUUUCCAGUGAUAUAUUUCUUCCAAGUUAGGGAGGUAGAUAAUGGUAAACCCAGGUGAAUUUAGUCAAAAUUUAAUAUUGCUGGUGUUUGUUCUCAGUUAAUUUCUGAAUGAUUUUGAUCAUUUGAAAUAAACUUAUUCUUGUAAUAUUUUUGUAGAGGCUAAUCUAUGUUGGAAAGCCAACUUUUAGGUGACUUGUAACAGCUCUGAGACUGCCUCUGACUCAUACAUUUCAUAUAAUGUCUUUGUAACUUAUUUUGUGCCUUUUCUUCCCCUGACACAAAAAUUUCUCAAUAAAAACAAAUUCUUUUGGAACACUGCAAA